CUGUUUGUUGAGCUGCUUUUGAAAAAGCAAUCGAUGUAAUACACAUUCAGGAUGUCGGAAGUGUCUAUUCGCGUUCAAACUUAUUUAGUAUUAGGUGUUAUGAUAGCAUGCUUCUCUAUACUCUAUCCAAAAAUUUUUCACCCAAUGAUUAUGAAUACUCUGGGUCUUACAAAAAGUAAAAAUAAGGAUGAACACAUCAAUUUUGAAAAUUUUGGACCAAGUGUAUGUUUUAAUAUUUUACUUAGCCGAAGCUAAUUUUAUAGGGUCAUCAUCUUCCACCUAGACCACCCAUCAGACCAACGGAGGGGUCUGUUCACCAAGAUCAUGGUAAAAGAGGCGGUAUAAUGUCGAUUGUUUUACCUGUUUAUGCGAUUGGUAUAAUUUUGUAUUUAGUAUAUACACUUUCAAAGGUUUUUUCAUCGAAACGUCGAAAGAAUUCAAAUAAGAAGGAAGAAUUUCUGCGACAUUAUUACCGUGAUUUUCAUUAUGAUGUUGAUCGAGGCAAAUUUCGUAUGGGUUGUGAUUCAUCAGACGAUGACGAUGAUGAUGGAGACAGUGAUGGAAAGAGAAAUCCAUUUCAAACUUUAGACUUUUCAAGUUCAAGGAAAUCAGCUACUGAUUCAAAAAAUAAACCAUUUGAAUGGGGCUCAGUUUUCAAAGAUACUUCAUAUCCAGAUAUAUAUCGGUCAGCUAGAAGUUUACCUAAGGAUUUGGGUAAAUUACUCAUGAGAAUGGAACGACAAGAUUUGGAUACAGAAGAGUUAUCUCAUCUACGCAUUAGACUUGAACAGACCGAAAGAGAAAUGACUCGAAUAUUGAAGGCAAUGCAAUCAGCUGAAGAUGCAUUACAUGGUCCAAUGGAAGAGCCUGAAAUAGGUGAAGAAAACUACGCCGAUGUAGUAACUGACAAAAAUCUGUCAGCUGAGAAACAGUACUCCCCAAUCGAUGAUGAAAAUGAAGAUUUAGGAAGUGUAGAGGAAGAGGAUGGAAACAUUAAUGGCGAAGAUGAGGUUGAAUGUAACUCUCGUACUUCUCAACCGAUGGAAGAUGUACAGAUACCUGAGGAGCAGGAUACAUUUGCUAAUGACAAUGAAAUAGAUAUCGUUGACAUAAGUGAAUCAUGUAUUCGUCGACGUUUGAUUACAUCAUCAGCGUCAUCAUAACUUUCCGCCAAUCACAUACCAUAUUGAAAAAUAUGCAACAGGAUAAAAUUUGUUUCGAUUGUGUAUGUUACUGUGACAAUCGGAUUAUAAUUCUUUGUAAUUAUAAUAAUUAUUAUUAUUAUUAUUAUUAUU